CAAUAUACAUUAUCCUCUCUCUGGUGUCUUUGAAACUCUUUCAGUCUUCAGUUGCAAUAAUGUUGACGCAGCAAGUGUUGCAUCUACCACCCCAGAAACUGUUUUUCUCCUGUUCCCCUUUCAAUGUUAGAAAAAUCCCAUCUUUUGUGAAUUGUAAAAAUGGGUAUGCUUAUAGUUACUGCACAGUAAAUGCUCUAACUUUGGAUGAACUUCCCCCAAACGCACUUCGGAGGAAGAGAGAACCGCAAUGGAGAGGAGGUUUCAGCCUUGGGCUUGACUUGGGAUUGGCUCGCACUGGCCUUGCCCUAAGCAAAGGCUUCUCCAUUCGCCCCUUAACCGUGUUGGAACUGCGAGGACAGAAGCUUGAGGUUCAGAUUAUUAACAUUGCUGAACAAGAGGAGGUUGAUGAGUUUAUAAUUGGGCUUCCAAAAUCUGCUGAUGGCAAGGAAACACCUCAGUCAAACAAAGUCCGAAGUGUUGCUGGAAGGCUUGCUGUUCAAGCUGCCGAGAGGGGUUGGAGAGUAUAUCUACAAGAUGAACAUGGGACAACGACAGAAGCCAUGGAUCGAAUGGUCAACAUGGGUUUGAGUAAGUCCAGUCAACAAAAGAAACUUGAUGCCUUUGCUGCCAUGAUGGUACUGGAGAGAUAUUUCUCCACUUCAGGUCAGGGUACUGAACUUGUUCUGCCCAAAAAUCUAGAAUUACAAGCAAAACUUCAAAGGGGUCCUCCCAAAGAUGUUGAUUUUUUCUCUGAUGAAGAUUAAUCUCAGAAUGUUUGCCGUGUUCCAUUAGCUUCUGUGGUGAAUUUUAUGAUGAUGUCUGGCAAGGGUUGAUAACAUAUUGUGCAGCAGCUUACUUGUAUGUACCAUUCCUUCAUGUUGACAAAUUGCAAUUAUGCAUGAGAAGGUUUUGAGAAAAGAGAAAGAUAUUCCAGUAAUCUGUGAUCAUGAUGAAGGAUUUAGAUUUUAGAUCAAGAAUUGAAAUUAUUGUAAAAGAGUGCAGAUAAAUGAAAUGAGUAAAUAAAUGGUUUUAGAAUUA